CCGGCAGCACCAAGACUGGCAGGCAUCAAGUACAGGGCUUUCUGGAGCCAUGGCCCACCAGUGGGGCCCCCAAGGACUCACAGGUGGACAGCCGCAGGCCAACUUUGAAGACAGCACCCAGGCAAGCAUCUUCACCUACACCAACAGCAACACCACCAGAGGCCCUUUUGAAGGCCCCAAUUACCACAUCGCUCCCCGAUGGGUGUACCACCUCACCAGCGCCUGGAUGGUCUUUGUGACCAUUGCUUCUGUCCUCACUAACGGUCUUGUUGUGGUGGCCACCAUGAGAUUCAAGAAGCUGCGCCACCCUCUGAACUGGAUCCUGGUGAACUUGGCUGUCGCUGAUCUGGCAGAGACCCUCAUUGCCAGCACCAUCAGUAUUGUGAACCAGAUCUAUGGCUACUUCGUGCUAGGCCACCCUCUGUGUGUUGUGGAGGGCUACACCGUCUCUUUGUGUGGGAUCACGGGUCUCUGGUCUCUGGCCAUCAUUUCCUGGGAGAGGUGGCUGGUGGUCUGCAAGCCCUUUGGCAACGUGAGGUUUGAUGCCAAGCUGGCCAUCGCAGGCAUCACCUUUUCCUGGGCCUGGGCUGCUGUGUGGACAGCCCCACCCAUCUUUGGCUGGAGCAGGUACUGGCCCCAUGGCCUGAAGACUUCCUGUGGCCCGGAUGUAUUCAGUGGCAGCUCAUACCCGGGGGUGCAGUCUUACAUGGUUGUCCUCAUGAGCACAUGCUGCAUCAUGCCACUCAGCGUCAUAGUGCUCUGCUACCUGCAUGUGUGGCUGGCCAUCCGAGCGGUGGCGAAGCAGCAGAAAGAAUCCGAGUCCACCCAGAAGGCGGAGAGGGAGGUGACACGCAUGGUGGUGGUGAUGGUCCUCGCAUACUGCCUCUGCUGGGGGCCCUACACCCUCUUCGCCUGCUUUGCCGCUGCCCAUCCUGGCUACGCUUUCCACCCUCUGGUGGCGGCCCUUCCAGCCUACUUUGCCAAAAGUGCCACUAUCUACAACCCCAUUAUCUAUGUCUUUAUGAACCGGCAGUUUCGAAACUGCCUCUUGCAGCUUUUUGGGAAGAAGGUGGAUGAUAGCUCUGAAUUCUCCAGUACCUCCAAAACAGAGGCCUCUUCUGUCUCUUCAGUGUCACCUGCAUGAGUCUCUUCCAGCCCUGACA